AUGGAUACAAAGAGUUUGCUUGGGGUCAUGAUGAGCUUUUGCCAGUCUCAAAAUCGUUCUCGGAUUCAAGCGAGCAUCAUUGAUGCACUAGAUACGCUAUUAAUUAUGGGCUUGGAAGAUGAAUACGAAGAGGCACUGGAAUUUGUAAAAAAGAUUGACUUUACACAAUCCAAAGACUCAUCCAAGGGAUUCGAGACGAAUAUCCGGUACUUGGGUGGCUUACUUUCUGCCAACGAUUUGCGACCCAACGACAUCUUGGUGCAAAAGGCCAUUGAAGUGACCGAGGCAACCUUGAUUCCCCUCUUUAUCCAAUCGACUUCCUUGGGAGUAGACGUCAAGAUUCCACUCACUUAUAUGAAUUUAAACACUAAUAAACCCGAAUCGGGUAACACAAUUAACUUGGCCGAGUUUGGUACUUACACAAUGGAGUUUACCCGAUUAUCUCAAGUCACUGGUGACCCCAAGUAUGAAAAGCUCGCUACAGAUGUUAUUAAUGCAGCCAUUCAACACUCUACACGUAUGCCUGGUUUGUUCCCUACUUCAUGGACUGUCCAUCCUUUUGCGCCCGUUCAAGCCAGUACAAUUACAAUUGCUGGCGGUGGGGAUAGUUUUUACGAAUACUUGAUAAAGAAUUAUCUUUUACAGACAGAUCGAAACGAACGACAUAAAGAAGUCUGGCAGAAUUCUGUGGAGAGUAUUGAAGAGUAUAUGCUAUCGCCUACGUUACAGAACCCUGAUAUCAAGUACGUAGCUAUGAUUGGAAAUAGCACAGUGUACUACUCAUCACAAGAAUUGAUCUGUUACUGGCCUGGUAACAUACUCUUGGGAAUGACUCAAAUGGCAGAUGGAGAGAAGAAAAAUCAGUACAAGGCAUUUGCCGAUACCUUUUUUGAAUCAUGUAUCGAGACAUGGAAGAAAACCGAAACAGGAAUUGCACCGGAAAGUUGGAACUGGAUUCCUCAAAACAACGAAUUGGGAAAGAAAUUAAAUGCGUUAUUUGAAAACAAGUUAAAAUUGCCAAAGAUGAAGAGAGAAAUCGCUCGUUCGUUUUCCAUGGGAAAUCACAUUUAUGAUUUGAGACCAGAAACCAUCGAAAGUGAUCUUGCUUGGUCAUUGUAUGGUGCCAUUGAAAAAUAUGCUAAAGCAGGUGCAGGGUUCACACGUGUAGAUGAUGUAGAUCGACUCCCUAUUCAAGUGCAAGAUUUUCAAGAAAGCUUCUUCUUUGCGGAAACUCUCAAAUAUCUUUACCUGACAUUUACUGACAAGAACUGUAUCUCUUUGGACCGCUAUGUAUUUAACACGGAAGCCCAUCCUUUUAUUCUACCCGAACCCAUUGCAUUCCAAGCCUAA